AUGAAUUUGCCCAAGGAACGAAGUCUUUCCUCACAAACAUUCGGGGUUUAUCCUGAUCAUUACAAAUUGCCGUCGUCGCUAUGCUGUUUUCGUAUAAUGCAUUUUCAGACUGGUGUAGUAUGGCUGGCUUACGCUGAAAUGGUUUGGAUCACUUCUCAACUAUCCUAUUGGGCAGCUCAAGCUGUUACGAAUGGCUUCUCACAAGCUGUUAUCAUUAUUGGCUUUUUAUUCACUUUCUCGCAAAUAGUGUUUGUGCUGUUCCUAUUGAAAGGAGUCAAGCAAUUUCGAUCUUCCUACAUCGCUUGCUACCUGUGUGGUCUAGCAGCUAGAACUAUUUUGUAUAUAACGUUCUUGGUGGUCAUUGCCUUUGUUAACCUCGUCCCAUCUUGGAAAGAUGACGAUGAGACUACUUUGAUGUUCUUCCGUACAAAAGUAGCCAUCAAAGUAUUCAUCUGCAUAUGGUAUACCACUCUUAAAAUCUACCUUUUCAUUAUAAUUUAUCGGUUCUAUUCGUAUAUAAUUGAAACGACAGCUUAUUAUCGCUGCUCUCCUGUUGAAAAACAAUUGCCCCCGGUGAGCUUAUAA